UAUUUGACACAUUCUGAACUCAUCAUAUUAUAUUAAAUUCUGGAUUCGUCUCUGAUCAAAACUGACAAAUGAAAAUGCUUCGCUUUCUUCUCCUUAUUCUUGUCUCCAUUCUCCAUUUCUCUCACUUUACCAAAGGGAAGAAACCAAUCACUUCAUCAUCUCCAUCCUCCACAAAUCUUGUAAGUACAUCUUGUGUCCAUGCAAGUUACCCUAAUAUUUGCAUUAGAACCCUCUCAUCUUAUAACUAUGUCAUUAACACCCCCAAAGAUUUAGCAAAAGCAGCCGUUAAUGUCACUCUUUCAAGAGCCAAAAAAGCUUCCAAUUUCCUCAUCAAAUUGAAAUUACAAAGCAAAAGAGAAAAAGGGGCACUUAUUGAUUGUAUAGAGCAAAUAGGUGACUCAAUGUAUGAGCUAAGAAAGGCUAUUUCUGAGCUAAAACAUUUGCAUAAAGGGAAAGGUUUUAAGUUACAAAUGAGUAAUUUGGAGACUUGGGUUAGUGCUGCUUUGACAAAUGAAGAUACUUGUUUAGAUGGUUUCAAAGAAAUUAAUGGAAAAAUUAGGUAUGAUGUGAAGAGAAAGAUUACUAAUGUUGCUAAGGUUACUAGUAAUGCUCUCUACCUCAUCAAUCAACUUUGACGGCAGACGUGGAUUCAGAAUUUGAAGUCAACAAAUUCAACUUUUAAGGUUUUUAGUGUUGAAUAUGUUUUAAUUUUGUUAAAACUUUAAUAAUUUUCACAUAUAUAUUUCUAUGUUUGGAGCGGAAAAUAUUGGUUUCAGUUGAACCUACUGAAUCCAUGUGAAUCUUUAGUCCAUCAAAUGAAUCCAGCUUGUAUUACUUUUUUUUAGAUUCUUAUGAUAAACAGAUUGAUAUAUUGUCUCUUCUCGUUUUCUUUCCGUCUUCUUGAGCCGAGAGUCCAUCAGAAACAGCCUAUUUGCUCUAUCGGGUAGGGGUAAGGUCUGUGUACACACUAUCCUCCUUAGACCCCACUUGUGGGAUUUUAUUGGAUCGUUGUUGUUGUAUUCUUAUGAUACACAUUUAUAAGCUACUGUACUGUAAAUACCCUGUUUUUGCAUGUU